AUGCCGGUGCGGGAACGCCCCCAUCCCGAAAAUCGUCAGGGUUCGGAGAGCUCUGGCAACAGUUGGAUAUCACAAGAGACUGUGCGGCACCCCGAGAACCAACCUCGCGACCCAAACAAACCGGCUGCUAGUAAUCGCAAUGCGGAAUGUUUCCCGGGAUCUUUAACGAUGGACACCAGAUCGGACCCUUCGAGGCCCCCACAGAUCAACUGGGGGACGAAUUUAUGGUCAUGGAACUCUCCCGACAUCUCCCCUACCGAGCAGCGCAAGGCGUCUGGCUUCAGUGACCAUCGCGAGGCUUUAGUUCCCCCCAGCAAUCAAGACAGUCCCUCCCAAUCCACCUCCACGAGUCCCCGACCUCCACCUCUACACGCGUCUCGCCUUGGUUCCGAUGAAUUUGAGUCGAUCGCCCCGUGGAGCUCAGCUCCUGGCACUGGUCCAUCCGAUGCUCCCGGCACGUUUUACAAUGAGUACUCUGAACACGAAGCUUCCCCCGCAUCAUUCUCAUUCCGUCCCAUGACUGGGCGGACGUUCGCUAGCGAACCCGCCGAAUUUGAAUACCACGGAGAACCCCGGCGGCCAUCUGCUGCGAGCGCGACCACGGUGAGCAGCCAGGGUUCGAGAUCUAGCAUUAGUCAGAAGCUCCGGAAGAAGCAUCUGAAGGGUUUAUUAGGAGACGACUACCCUUCGCCUGGAGAGCGCGAAGCUACCGACGAUGGUUCCCAAAACGCGCCCAGCUGGCGUGGGGGGCUUGUCGAUCAGCUGAAGGCGCGAGAGCGAGCAAACUCGGAUGGUUCUCGGGCACCCGAUGGCUCUGGAUCACACCGUUCCCAAAAGCCACGAGCUGCUACACCAUUGCCUUCCAGCGACAUCACUCCAUGGGACUACCAGAGUAUCAACGAUGUUUCACAGUAUGGAGAAGCACCUGUGCGACAUGUUCCAAUCGGACCCAAUGGGGAGCGACUCGAUUCCCCAGAUAAUGGUGCCUCGGGGAGUAACCAUGGCCGCCGAGGACACGGCAGACAUCGUCCUUCGCGAAGCAAAGAUGAGAAGCCGACUCUUGCUGGUGAUCUGGCAGGCUAUCAAAAUCGACCGGCUACAGGCACAGAUGAUAUUGCCUUACGCCCGUUCAACGAUAACUACUUGACGUCACAGACUACUCUCGGAGGCCGAUCUACAAGUCCAACUUCCAGCGUCCGGAGUGCAUAUCGUGAUCGUGACCACGAUGGAAACUCAGGACACCCCAGGAUUGGAGGUUUCAUCAAACGGGUUUUCGGCCAUGGAUCUAAACCUCACGACAAGUCGAGAGCCUCUUCUCCUCCCGCGCCCAAAAGAGGUAGACAGGGCAGCGUUGAAGGGAGCACGCCUUCUCGCCAUCUAGAAUCGGCAGACUCGGAUCGAAAGAAAGAGUCCGGGAAGGGCCUUAUCACAGGACGAAAGCUCGGUCCUCGCCGUGUCUUCACUAAUCAAGGCGGCGAUUCUCACGGCACCAACAAGGAUGACAGAAAUCAAGAGGAGAACAAACAUUUCUUCCCGCUUGACAUAGACAUGGGCGAUUUGAAGGGAAUCGUUCGUUCAGCUUCGCCGAAUACUAUGAAGCGUGGUGUCGAUGGGAUGACUACACCUCACGAUGAAAAUGGAAAUGAAAAGCCAUGGAACGCCCCAGACAGCUGGCAUGUCAGGGGACCGCCUGACCUUACCGUGGACCAAGGCUAUUUCGGACCUCGUGAGCGUGAAGUCUCCUUCUUUAUUCGAAUUUUCCGAAUUGAUUCAACCUUUGCUACACUUUCAGCUAGUGUGAAUGCAACUGUAUCUGAGAUUCUCUUGAUGCUUGGACGGAAAUCCUUCUUGCAGGAUCACCUCAAUAAUUACGAGAUUGUCCUGCGAAAGAACGAUUUGUCACGCCAGCUCGAUCACAAUGAACGGCCAAUCCAGAUGCAGAAAAAACUACUCGAAGAAGUUGGUUAUACUGAUAAAGACCGGAUUGAAGAUAUCGGUCGUGAAGACCACAGUUAUCUCUGUCGGUUCAUCUUCCUCCCAACUAAACUUAGCGGCUAUAGCAGUCUUGAGAGUGACCCUGGAUUCAAUAAAGUGCAAAAGUUCAGCCAUGUUGACCUCCAGGGCCGCAGCCUUGUCACCAUUCCGAUUACACUAUAUGCCAAAUCCUCGGAGAUUAUUUCGCUCAAUCUGUCUAGGAACUUGUCAUUAGAUGUUCCCAAAGAUUUCAUUCAAAGCUGCAUCAAUUUGCGGGAGAUCAAGUUCAUUGGAAACGAAGCAUCACAGCUCCCGCAGAGUUUCAGUCUGGCUGGCCGGCUGACAUACCUGGAUGUUUCCAACAACUGUCUGGAAGAACUGAGUCACGCAUGUCUCGAUCGGCUGACUGGUCUUGUUAGCAUUAAGAUGGCCAACAACCGAUUGACCGAGCUGCCCAGCUACUUUGCGAAUUUCCAUGCCCUGAGGAGCUUGACGAUGUCAUCAAACGGAUUCAAGGUCUUCCCUGAGUUCAUUUGCAACUUGAAGAGUCUGGUCGAUCUCGAUAUUAGCUUCAAUGGUAUCGAAGAAUUACCCAAUAUUGGCCGCUUGGUGACUCUCGAACGCCUGUGGAUCACAAACAACAACCUCAGCGGGUCUCUAGAUGAGUCCUUCAAGGAGUUGGUGAACCUCAAAGAACUCGACGCUCGCUUCAAUGCUAUCACCAAUAUCGACAAUCUAUCAUCUCUUCCACGGCUGGAGCAGGUCUCUUUCGGUCACAACUUAAUAUCGCGCUUUAAGUGCUCGUUCCCAAAAUUGCGCAGCUUGCAUCUGGACCACUGUCCUUUGACACACUUUGAUGUUGACGCUCCUAUGCCAACAUUGACAUCUCUCAACCUUGCGUCUGGCAAGCUCGCCCAAUUCCGGGACACCAUCUUCGAGAACUGCCCUAAUGUAACCAAGCUCGUUCUUGACAAAAACCAUCUUUCUUCCGUCUCGCCCCAGGUUGGCAAAUUGCGCCGAUUGGAGCAUUUUAGCAUGAUCAAAAACCCUCUUUCAUCUUUACCUGCAACCAUUGGUUGUCUUGUGGAACUCAAGCACCUGAAUCUGAGAGAAUGCAAUUUAACAUCUCUCCCUUCAGAGAUCUGGCAUUGCGCGAAGCUGGAAGUGCUCAAUAUCUCCUCUAACAUCCUGUCCACAUUCCCCAAGUAUGGUGCUUCGCCGCCACUAGUGCCUGGGGAACCCACUCACGCACCAAGUACUCCAGGAAACCUCAACUAUGAGGAUAUUGGCCCAUUGGACGAAUCAGGUCUGCGCCGACCUAGUCAAACAUCCACCGUCAAUGGUGUGAUGAACUCCAUUUCACCAAAUGGAUCAAAUCGGAAUCCUUCAACUGCAACAUCUGUUUCGCAGCAAGGUGGUGGUCGAAAGGUCUCCACUGCGUCGCGUUCAUUCACGGAUCAAAAUGGCGUCUCUCGGAAAGAUUCAAACUUCUCGCAGCAGAUGGCUAUGACAUUUGCUGCAUCUCUCCGAACACUCUCCCUUGCCGAUAACAGACUCGAAGAUGAUGUUUUCCGUGAAUUGUCUUUGCUCCCUGAGCUUCGCAUUGUCAAUCUUUCCUAUAACGACUUGACGGAACUGCCUCAGGGAAUCCUUAAAAGAUGGCCCAUGAUCUCUGAGCUCUAUCUCUCCGGUAACGAGCUGACUUGUCUGCCGUCUGACGACCUGGAAGAAGGGAGUAACCUCAAGGUUCUCCAUAUCAAUGCGAACAGAUUCCAGGUCUUGCCAGCAGAGCUUUGCAAGGUCAGCAAGCUGUCGAUCCUUGACGUUGGAAGCAACGCGUUGAAGUACAAUGUGUCCAAUUGGCCCUAUGAUUGGAACUGGAACUGGAAUCGCAACCUCAAAUACCUGAACUUUUCGGGUAACAAGCGCCUGGAGAUCAAGCCAAACAUUGCAUCUCUUGGUCCCUCGGCUACUAAUGGUGCUGACCUAACUGAUUUCAACUCUCUGACCCAUCUUCGGGUCCUGGGGUUAAUGGAUGUCACCCUGACUAUUCCUACAAUCCCGGAGGAGACAGAAGAUCGACGUGUGCGAACUUCUGCCUCAUUGGCUGGUACUCUCGCCUAUGGUAUGGCGGAUUCUCUCGGUCGGACCGAGCAUCUGACCAUUAUCGAUAUGAUUGUUCCCCGGUUGAAGCAGGACCAUGUGGAAACACUGGUGGGCAUGUUCGACGGUCAGACGCUGUCUAGUGGUGGUUCUCGGGUAGCGAAGUACUUGCAUGAGAACUUCACUCCCACUUUCUCGUUUGAACUUAAGAAGCUCCAACGGGACCAGGAUGAGACUCCGCUAGAUGCGCUACGACGGGCGUUCCUCGCCCUGAACAAGAACAUGGCAGGAUCUGCCUAUCGAUCCAUUGAUGACCGUGAAGUCCGUCAGUAUCACAGAGGCUCUACUGCAGCCAAGAUGCUCAACCAGGCCGACAUCCAAUCGGGCGGUGUUGCCACUGUCUUGUACCUGAACCACAUGGACUUGUAUGCGGCCAAUGUUGGUGAUGCUCAAGCUAUCCUGAUCAAGUCGGAUGGCUCGAUGCGUUAUCUGACACAGAACCAUGACCCCGCGGAACCAAAUGAGCGCGCACGCAUUCGUGCUGCAGGAGGCUUCGUCUCGCGUAACGGCAAAUUGAAUGAUGUGCUUCCUGUGUCAAGAUGCUUCGGACACUUUACCAUGAUGCCCGCUGUCAUCGCGGCUCCCUCUACAAUGCAUUGCACUUUGACGGAACAAGACGAGAUGAUCGUCUUGGCGUCAAAGGAACUCUGGGAUUAUGUCACGCCUGAGGUUGUAGUCGAUAUCACGAGGAGAGAACAGCCAGAUUUGAUGUUCGCUGCUCAAAAACUGCGUGAUUUGGCUAUCUCCUUCGGUGCCACCAACAAGCUUAUGGUCAUGAUUCUGGGCGUUGGUGAACUACAAAAGCGACGACCGAAGCCUCGCCCCUCGCUCAACACUGGGUCAUCUACCUUUGCCGAGGAACAAAUCAUUUCAACUGCCAAGCGUCCCAAGAAGCGUGAUGGUCCUGGUGAUUCACGGCUGGCUCGCUUUGACUUCGUGGAUGCUCCAGUCGGUGAAUUGGCUAUCAUGUUCACUGAUAUCAAGAAGUCCACAAGUCUGUGGGAGGUCUGUCCAGAUGCAAUGCGCUCUGCGAUUCAAAUCCACAAUGAUAUUCUACGUCGACAGCUUGGUAUCUUUGGUGGUUACGAGGUCAAGACAGAAGGUGAUGCCUUCAUGGUAGCAUUCUCGACGACAACCGCAGCCCUGCUCUGGUGCUUCAACUGUCAAAACCAGUUGCUCGAAGCAGAAUGGCCCACUGAGAUUCUUGAUCAGCCACAAUGUCGAAUUAUUGUUGACAUGGACAACAACGUCAUAUUCCGUGGUCUCUCCGUUCGCAUGGGAGGUCACUGGGGUGAACCCGUCUGCGAGAAAGACCCAGUCACCAACCGAAUGGACUAUUUCGGUCCUAUGGUGAACCGUGCCUCGCGAAUCUCUGCCGUCGCGGACGGAGGUCAAAUCUUUGUCUCGUCUGACUUUAUGAGCGAUAUUCAUCGCAACUUGGAGAUCUUCGCUGAUGCUGAACGUUCUGCAUCCACCAGUUCGACUGAUAGUCACCCUCGUGGCGACAGUCUUGGACACAAUAUUCGCCGGGAGCUGACCCAGCUGAAUAGCCAAGGUUUCGUCAUCAAGGAUCAAGGUGAACGCAAAUUGAAGGGUCUGGAGAACCCAGAGCCCCUCUACCUUGUCUAUCCCUCGGUUCUUUCUGGUCGUAUGAUCACUUCGGAUGAUACACAGGAACGCGACGGUCCUGGUACAACCAUGAACCCCAACAAUCAGUUGGAUAUCCAGACAAAUGUCAUUUGGCGUGUCUGGGAGGUUACUCUCCGUCUCGAGCGACUCUGCAGCGCUCUUGAGAACCCUGAAGCACCGGGUCUCGGAGAGCCUAAUGUCGCCUUGUUCAACAUGGUCAAGAGAAAUGGUGGUGAACUGAACGACUCCACUGUUCUCAGUCUAGUCGAUCAACAAGUCACUCGUAUCGAGGUGUGCGUCAACACACUCUCACUGCGACACAUGAUGCGCCCGAUUAAACCGGGCGACAGCCUCAAGGACCAUGCCGUUCCCAUCGGCGAAGUCCUCCAGCAACUACAAACCCAGCUCGCCGAGUUCCAAGCUCUGAAGGAGUCGCUGGCUGGUGGUCCUCCAGGCAUCACCAGAGGCUCAAAGCUCCAUUACAACAACCUCUCUUUGAGCCCUCCCCAAAACAUGAAUAGCGAUAUCAUCUCCGCCUCUUCAUCUUACCUCCACCUCCCUGGUGAUACUGCUCAAACUUCCUCUGACCCGACCCGUGGUAACCCUGAUCACGGUCAAAUAUAA